AGCCAUUCAGCAAGCCUACAAGGCCACUGAUAACGUGCCACCUACAGUGGUGGUAUGUACCUAAGCUUUCCCACCCGCAAGACCUCAGCCCGCCUUUCCCAGUGAAAGAAGUAUCAACCAAGACGUACCGCGCCGCCUCUCGAUUUUCGAUUUUCGAUUUUCCAACGCCUCCAAACAACAAAACACAAACCAAAAAAAAAUAAAAAACAAUUUUCACCGACAAACAUAUCCUUUGACGCGCAAACUUAACCAACCCAACUCGAAACUGAUACAAUUAAAUCUCGUCGUAUUGAAGCAACAAUAAUUUAGCCAUUACCAACAUUCCAUCGAAUUUGCGCGACUCGAUAUAAAAUUAACACAAUGGCUGGUGGAAAAGGCAAAUCAGCUGGAGGCAAGAGCUCAGGUGGAAAGACUUCUGCUGCCGCCGCCGCCGCCGCCCAUGAAGGUCCCAAGAAGCAGCAAAGCCAUUCCGCUCGUGCUGGACUUCAGUUCCCCUGCGGUCGUGUCAAGCGUUUCUUGAAGCAAAACACCCAAAACAAGAUGCGCGUCGGAGCUAAGGCAGCAGUUUAUGUUACGGCCGUUCUCGAGUAUCUUACUGCUGAAGUCCUGGAGCUCGCAGGAAAUGCUGCCAAGGAUCUUAAGGUUAAACGCAUCACUCCCCGCCACCUCCAGCUCGCCAUCCGUGGUGACGAAGAACUCGAUACUUUGAUUCGUGCAACCAUCGCCUUUGGUGGUGUCCUACCCCACAUCAACCGAGCUUUGCUACUCAAGGUCGAGGCCAAGAAGAAGAACAAGGCUAUCGAAGCAUAAGCAUCCUGCUACCUUUGUAUUUGAAGUUUUCCAACUUCAUAGUCUUUCGCUUCCAACUGUUCUUGCUAUGUGGCACAAGGUUCUCUACUUCUGGAGGUGGGCUACACGGUCUCACGACUUAGGACGGUUAAUUAUGACGACGUAUUCUGGCAUCCCCUUGACGGAAUCGCGGUUGCUUGCGCUGGGCAUUUUGGCUCUGAAGUAGCAUUCAGGGUUGAGAUAAUUCAGAAGAUUUUCGGCAAGGCCAAAGGGUGCUCAGGAGAUG